GGUAGCUCACCCUCAAAUAAUUGUGCCUUAUCUGAAAAAAUGUAGGACAACAAGAAAAAGCAUAUUUCAGUUCAAAUAGAGCAGCAUGAGGAUGGUUAAUGGUGCUUUGACCCUUCAGGUUCUCCCACUGGUUCUUUUCCUAGGGAACACCUAUGUGUCUCCUUCCUGGUCCUCCCUGGUCAGCCUGCUGAAUGAUGAAGCUGAUGAGUACGAUGAGUACUAUGAUGAAUACACGCAGGUGGAGGAGGAACCCUCCAAAGACUUUAUGCUCUUGGGGGAUCCCGACUGGAUCGACCUAUACCCUCACUACAGAGAAAUCCAGCAAGAAGAUCUGUGCUCCCCAAACCCCUGCAAGAACAACGGCUGGUGUGAGAUGAGAGGAAGCCAUUUCACCUGCCACUGCCCCAGGCCCUAUACCGGGGAUACCUGUGAGAAAGUGGAGGACACGUGUGUGGACAACAACUGUGCCAGAGGAGACUGCCUUGUUAUGUUAACCAAACCUUACUAUCAGUGCAGCUGUAGCCAUCCCUACAAGUUACCAGACUGCCGGCAAGCUUCUUCACAAUGCAGGCCAAACCCAUGCAAAAAUGGAGGAAUCUGUAUGCGGCACAAAAUCAGAUCAAAAUUCACCUGCAAGUGCCCUGAACCUUACCAAGGGAGGUUCUGUGAGAUCGGACCGGAUGAUUGUUAUGAAGAGGACUCCUUUUAUUACAGAGGAAGAGUAAACCAAGCAGAGAAUGGCAGGACUUGUCUGCACUGGAAUUCCCACUUGCUCUUGGACUUCUCUAUUAAUGCAUUUAUGGAGGAUGCUGAGUCUUAUGGCAUUGGGGAGCAUAACUUCUGCAGAAAUCCUGAUGAGGAUCAAAAGCCCUGGUGCUUCGUCAGAAAAAAUGGUAAAGUGGAAUGGGACUUCUGUGCUGUUUCACCAUGCUCUGGAACAGUACAUGUUGCUGUUUCUUCCAAAGCAGCUGUGGGGACCCAAGAGCAAGAAAAUGAAAUGUUCAAAACCUGUGGAAAACCAGAAAGUCAAAGGGGGCUCAAGAGAAUCUAUGGUGGAACUAAGACUACAGCUGGCAAGCACCCCUGGAUGGUAUCUCUGCAGAACAAGUCUUCUGGAAGAGCAAGACACUUUUGUGGUGGAGUGCUAAUUAAAUCAUGCUGGGUUCUUACUGCUGCACACUGCAUUGAAGACCGAGCAGAAGAUCUCCAAGUGGCCCUGGGAAAGCAAAACCUCAAGAGGAAAGAGCAGCAAGAACAAAUAUUUGAUGUGGAGAAGGUCAUCGUACAUCACAGAUACAGCGUGGAGGCCGAUGUCCCAUACAAUGAUAUUGCAUUAAUUAAGUUGAAGCCGAUCGAUGGUCAGUGUGCCAUAGAAUCAAAGUAUGUGAAAACAGCAUGUCUGCCUGAUUUUGAAUUUCCUGUUGGGACUGACUGCUUCAUUUCAGGAUGGGGUGAGACGGAGACAGAUGACAUGUCCCUUCAGCUGUUAGAUGCCAGUGUCAAGCUGAUUUCACAGAAGCAAUGCAGUGCACCCAAAGCAUAUGAUCAGAGGCUGGAUGAAAGCAUGUUCUGUGCAGGAAACCUUCGGAGAGGUAGAACUGAUUCUUGUCAGGGAGACUCUGGAGGUCCUCUAACAUGCAUAGAAAAUGGUUUCUAUUAUGUAUAUGGCAUUGUGAGCUGGGGUGAUCAGUGUGGUUUAAAAAACAAGCCAGGAGUUUAUACUCAGGUGACAUCAUUUCUCCGUUGGAUUAAAAACAAAAUUCAGACUGAGUGAGUCAUUAUCAGAUCAAUAGGUAACAGCUUUCGUAUGACAAAGGAAUUUCCAGGGCAUCAGGAUUAACUGUGACCUGCUGAGAUCCUUCCAGCCCCACUUGGUCCUGUAAGAUCAAACACAACUACAUCAUGAAGAUGGCUGAAAGCAGAAAGCUUAACUCUUAUUCUAUAAAUAUACUUAUCAAUUAAAAAUUACCUCAACUUGAAACAAC